AUGUCGACAGCCAACGGCUCAGGAGCUCCUCCUCGCUCCUCGUCUCCCCUCAACUUCCCCAGCUCGUCCGCGGCAGGUACACCUCGAGCUCAGCGGAAUGGCAAUCCACCUGCUGCAUCCUCAUCACCUCUGAACUUUCCGUCAUCCUCGCCGAGAGGAUCUGGUGCGCAGGCCCGAGCGCCGGUUGGCAGGUCCAACCUCAGCGUGCCCCCAUCCAGCGAUGCGGCGAUUGAACGAAGCGCACAGAGGAUGAGCGGGCGGGCUCGAAGGGAUGGUACACCCCUGUUCUUCCCAGCAUCCGGCGGCUCGACACCCCGGCGAAACCGAAGAGGCGAUAUCCACUCGUCCUUCCCCAUGUCUUCACCUUCCCUCGCUCGUCGAGCCGCCCGCCCUCCUACCAAUCGCGGCUUCGAUGGCAACUCGGACAACGGUGAUGACGACGGAAUGGAUGGUGGUCGGACCCCUCGCGGUGAUCCGCCAUCCCAGGCCCGGUCCAUAUCCGGUUUGACCCUCUCGCAAGCCGCCCAGUCCGGUGACAACAACGGCGACGACGAAGAGGGGAUCGUCAAGUACAUUUGGGGUACGACCAUUUCCCUCCAAGAGGCGAUGAAUGACUUCCGGGCGUUCCUCCGGGACUUCAAAAUCAAGUAUCGGACCAAGUACAACGCGGACCAAGCACGGUCGACUAUCGAAGCCGGCGGACUCGCGCCCCCUACCGUGGCGCUGUACGACAUCGUCACUCCCCAGCGGGCAGAGGUCGCGCUGUACCAGACCUACCUGCACCAGCUCCGGCAGACUGGUCAGACCAAUCUCAACCUCGACGCUAUUAACCUCAUCGCUUUCCCACCUACCAAGCGGCUCUACAACCAGCUCGUCAACUACCCGCAGGAAGUGGUACCGAUCAUGGAUCAGGUCCUGCGGGACGUCAUGAUCGAGACGGUGGAUGAGGAUCUGGAGAAUGCCCAGAACCAGUAUGCCGAGGGGUCGCUUAGCGAGCUGGAGCUGAGGCAGAUGGAGGACGAUUUGAAGGAUGUAGAGGGGAGGGUAUUCAAAGUCAGGCCGUUUGCUGGCGAGCGGACUGUCAACAUGCGAGAUCUCAACCCUGGAGAUACCGACAAGUUGGUCACAAUCAAGGGUCUGGUCAUUCGUGCAACUCCCGUCAUUCCUGACAUGACAUCUGCCUUUUUCCGCUGCCUAGUCUGCCAACACACUGUCCAGUCCGAGGUUGAUCGCGGCAAGAUUACCGAGCCCGAGCGAUGUCCUCGCGACGUGUGCGAGUCCAAGGGCACCAUGUCCCUCAUCCACAACCGGUGCGACUUUACCGACAAGCAGGUCAUCCGGCUACAGGAGACGCCCGAUGCGGUACCGGAUGGACAAACACCCCAUACUGUCUCGCUCUGCGUGUACGACGAGCUGGUCGACCUCGUCAAGCCCGGAGACCGGGUCGUCAUCACCGGUAUCUUCCGUUCCAUCCCCGUCCGCGUCAACCCUCGGAUGCGGUCCAUCAAAUCGUUGUUCAAGACAUAUCUCGAUGUCGUCCAUGUCAAGCGGACCAACGUCGCUCGGAUGGGCUACGAUCCGUCUACCCGCUCAGGCGAGCGCGCGCCCGGUAUCGGCGUCGGAGGAGAGGACGACGAGGACGAGUCCCUCGCGCAUGCCGCAGGGCCUGACGACGACGAUGAUGGCUUUGACCAGGCAUGGUCCGCGUCCAGGGAGAUGGAGGCCAAGCUCCUCGAGCUGUCUCAGCAUCCCGAUGUGUAUGAGAUCCUGGCGAGAUCGCUCGCGCCGAGUAUCUGGGAGCUGGAGGAUGUGAAGAAGGGGAUCUUGCUCCAGCUGUUUGGCGGCACGAACAAGAGCAUCGCGAAGGGAGGUGGAGGUGGAGGACCGAGGUACAGAGGAGACAUUAAUAUCUUGAUGGUGGGAGAUCCGGGUACCGCCAAGUCUCAGAUUCUGCAGUAUGUUCAUAAGAUCGCUCCUCGUGGUAUCUACACCUCUGGAAAGGGAUCAUCUGCUGUCGGUCUGACUGCCUAUGUCACCCGAGACCCAGACUCGAAGCAGCUCGUCCUGGAAAGUGGAGCCUUGGUCCUCUCAGAUGGAGGUGUCUGCUGUAUCGACGAGUUUGACAAGAUGUCCGAUGCGACCCGUUCAGUCUUACACGAAGUCAUGGAACAGCAGACCGUCUCCAUCGCCAAAGCAGGCAUUAUCACCACCUUGAACGCCCGAACAUCCAUUCUGGCCGCCGCCAACCCUAUCAAUUCGCGAUAUGACCCGAAACUCCCCAUCCCGGCCAAUAUCGACCUCCCUCCUACCCUCAUCUCUCGAUUUGAUCUGCUCUACCUCGUCCUCGACAAGGUGGACGAGAUGAAUGACCGGCGCCUCGCGAAGCAUUUGGUUGGUCUGUACCUGGAAGACCGGCCUGAUACUGCUGGUUUGGAUCUUGUUCCCCUCGAGACUUUGACCGCCUUCAUCACCUACGCCCGCGCCAAGAUCACCCCCACCCUUACGGAAGAAGCAUCCGACGCGCUCGUCAACGCCUACGUCGAGAUGCGGAAGCUGGGCACCGACUCGCGUACACAAGAAAAGCGGAUCACAGCCACCACUCGUCAGUUGGAGUCUAUGAUCAGGCUGUCAGAAGCGCACGCUCGGAUGCGAUUCAGCGAGACGGUGGACCUGGAGGAUGUAGUGGAGGCCGGAAGAUUGAUUCGCUCAGCAUUGAGGGAGAGUGCUACCGACCCCCUUACCGGUCAGAUCGACCUCGAUCUCAUCAAUACCGGCGCGGGCACGUCCAAGCGGCGUCAACAUGCCGAUCUCAAGCGCGAGAUCCUCACGCUCGUUGAUGCCGCCGGACGGACGGGUCUCAAGUGGGUCGCGGCGAUCAAGGCGCUGGAUAAUCAGAGCUCGAUCCCGACGGACCAUGCGGAGUUUGCGGCGGUGGUCAAGGCGAUGACGGAGGAGGGGGUGGUGAAGGUUGUUGGGGAGAGGGAAAAGAGGACUAUCAGGAGAUUGGCGGAUUAG